UAAAGUGGUAAACAAAGUUGAACUGUUGUUGAUAUUUCACAGUGUCUGUGUACCUCUAAGCCUACAUAUAUAUUGCAGCUUUCUUUUUAUCGAACGUAGACAUUGAUUGUUACAAAAUGAAGAGGAUAGAUUUUCUACAUGGAGUGAUAUAUUUAUCUUUCAUUAUCCUGUCCCCAUUUGCUUUCAAUGUCUAUGGAUAUUUGGACGAACCUUCAUACACAGGCGUCAUCCAUGAAAAUUCAUUUUAUGGAAAAACAUCAGAGCCCGUGCGUGAUUACAGAACAUACCGACUGUAUUUAUUCUCUGUAUACGGUAUUUUGUCCAUUAUAAUAAUUUCGUUAUUAUUGGACCCAAUCGCUAGACGAGUUUCAAGACUUCAGAUUGGGUGUUACCGUCCUCACUUGAUUUACCAUAGCAUGGUCAGUCUGAUUCCAGUCGUCAUAAGAUAUGUAAACAUAAACGGCGAGUUACAAGAUGACGCUAUGCUACAUAUGCAAUGGAAAAAUCUUUAUAUAAUUAUUCUAUCAGUUGUGCGUUUUGUUUGUGCUUUCAUGAUAUCAAUAGCUCGAAGAUACAGGCUAUGGAGACUGCUGUUAUAUAUAUUAACCACGAUAGUUCAUGCUAUUGUUGUUUUUAAUGUUGUAUACAACAUUUGCUUAACUUCUCAGGAUCUCCUUGACGUCAUAAAAGAAAGUAAAGGGAAUUUCUUAACAAAAUGGUCCCACGUUGAUCACAAGCUAUCACCAGUAAAUUCAUCUGAGCUGAACGUAAGUAAGAUGAACUUAAUCUAUAAUUUUCUGCCUUUGGAUCAAAAUAUUUUCCUAACUACGGGAGAGAAAAAGUACAUACAUCAAAGUAAAGAUCAACUAACACAAAUUAAAGAUGUACAUGGACAAAUACCCCCAUAUCAACGCGAAGUACAUGUUGUAAGUAGAGGAGAAAGUUUCAGCAUAUCCUGUAAAGCUUUUUUGCAUGGAACUUUCCCAGUGCACGUUUACUGGACUUCAAAGGGAAGAAACGUUACUUCGAUCAGUAGUAAAUGUAAAAUAUCGACAGACAUCCAGAGUGUUAUAGGCAAUCAGAUGUUUGUGACAAGUACUCUUCAAUUUGAUGCCAUAAAAAAUUCAGACUUUGGGAAAUAUAGCUGUUCCUUAUAUUAUGAAGAAUUUUCCAGUGCCUCGUAUCAUUAUCAGAACAACAAAGCAAGUGCAUUUAUUGUGGCUACUGAAUAUCUCAUUGGUCAGUACCGCAUAAAAAGGUAUAGAGGGAAAAAAUUCUUUGUAUAUACGUCACCAGGUAGUGUUGUUAACCUUGAAUGGAGGCCGAUGUCUUUUAAGGACAUUGGCAACGUUUCUGGUUUUCAAUGGUUCUCAUUCGGUCUACCUGGCUAUCACCACUUUCAGCAUAAUUAUGUCACAUCUUUGCACUUCCCAGCAUUCAUGUACCUAUUCUAA